AGCAGGUAGCGCCGUUGACUGAGUUGUGACGUGUCCUGCAGCUAAAAUGGCUUCAGAAAACAUCUCUGAGCCUCAAGAUGAAAAAUCUGCUCUCAUACAAACAAACUCUGAGGAAAAUAUUCGUGAACGAACGGUUUCAGUUGUUAAUAAAGCAGAAUUUAAGCUUUACCACUGGACGCAGUCCUUUAACUCUCAGAAGGUUCGUCUGGCCAUAGCAGAGAAGGGUUUGCGCUGUGAGGAGUACGAUGUCAGCCUUCCUCUCAGUGAACACAACGAGCCAUGGUUCAUGAAACUGAACCCUGCUGGAGAGGUGCCGGUUCUGGUCCACAAUGACACCGUCAUCUGCGAUCCGACCCGGAUAAUGGACUAUCUGGAAGAAAACUUUAAGGAUGAGGGGACUCCCAGGCUGGUUCCUGAAGCAGACAGCAGGUAUUAUCUCAGAGUGCAGCACUACAGGGAGCUGCUGGACACUCUACCGAUGGACGCCUACACACACGGCUGCAUCCUUCAUCCUGAGAUCACAGUGGACUCCCACAUACCCGCGUAUGCUGCCACAUCUAUAAGAACCCAGAUCGGAAACACACAAUCAGAGUUGGAGAAACUGGCUGAGCAGAACCCAGAGCUCAAAGAUGCUUAUACAGCCAAAAGGAGGCGCUUAAAGUCUAAGUUGUUUGACCAUGACAACAUGAAGUACCUGAAGAAGCUUCUGGAUGAGCUGGAAGGUGUGAUGGACCAGGUGGAGACAGAGUUACAGAGGAGGGUGGAGGAAACUCCAGAGGAAGGCAGCCCAUCCUGGCUUUGUGGGGACUUCUUCAGCAUGGCCGAUGUCUCCCUGGCCGUCCUGCUUCACCGCCUCAAGUUCCUCGGCCUCUCCCGUCGCUACUGGGGCAACGGCGUCCGAGUCAACGUGGAAACGUACUAUGAGCGGGUGGUGGAGCGACCGGCCUUCAGGAGAGUUCUGGGUCACGUUAACAACAUCCUGAUCUCUGCUGUCCUCCCCGUGGCGUUUCGAGUGGCCAGAAAGAACGCCCCGGUCAUCGUGGGUUCAACUCUGCUGAUCGGCCUUCUCGGGGGAGCGACUUACCUCGGCUUUCUCUACAUGAAGAAGAGGCUGACUUCUUUUAGCUGAGGGACGAGCCGACCGAAUAUUAAACAUCCUAAAUAUGUAACAGAACAAACCACAGUCGUUUCCUGUGUUGCUCGUUGCACAAAAUGAACAUUUAAUCAUCUGAACUUAUGCAUUUUGCUCCAAAAUGAAUGGAUUUAAAUGUUCCAUCGUCUUUUCAGUCAGAUUUAUUAGAACUGGCGAGUGAGCAUCAACAGACAUGGGAUACAUUUGCAGCUUUAGUAUACCUUACACUAGAAAAUAGAGGUGCAAUUGCUUCUUGCUUCAUAAAAAUGUGCAGUUUAUUUGUGCAGCCACCAUGACUGCACCUGAACGCACCAUUCAUGUCCCAAAAACCUCAAAGCGCAACAGUCUGGGCACGGACAUAUAUAAAACCAAAUGGAAGCAGGAUUUGAAUCUCUACUGACAGAAUGGAAAAUGCCAUGUUUAUUUAAUUAAAAAUACAUUUAAAAUGAUCAUAUCAGACGUCUGAAUGUGUUCCCAUAUUGUUUCUAAAAGCCCAAUGAGUUUUUCCUGAUGUGUCCUUGUAAUGUGAUAUUCUGCUGAUGUUGAUUUUUGCACAAGUAAAUAAAACCAACUAAACUCAAAA